AUGUCUCAUUCCAUUGAAGAAGAUAAAGCGCAAGCUAUUCACUCAGACAAUGGCAACCUCAUCUGUGUUGAUGCAGAAGCCGAGAAGAAGCUUGUGUGGAAGAUCGAUCUCUAUUUAAUGCCCUCCGUCUUCGUUCUUUACCUCUUUUCAUACGUGGACCGAUCAAAUAUCGGUCUUGCCAAAAUUGCCGGCAUGGAAGAAGACCUGAAACUAACAUCUGAUCAAUAUUAUACUGCUGUCAUACAUGAUACUAUCUCGCACUCGGCCAUCGAUUUUCAUUCCGAUCAUCACAUUCGGAUGGGGUACUGUCGCAGCGCUAAUUGGAAUAGUCCGACACCAAAGCCAACUGAUAGCCCUCAGGUUCCUUCUGGGGAGCCAGCCGUAAUCUUCCUGAUCUCAACAUGGUACCGAAAAAAUGAACAAUCGAAACGCUUCAUCAUCUUCCUCUCAGCAGGCAUCCUCUCCGGAGCCUUCGGCAGCAUAGUCUCGGGCGCAAUAACCUCAACUCUAGACGGAAUCCACAAUAUCCGCGGCUGGCGCUGGCUCUUCAUAGUCGAAGGCGCAGCAACAGCAGGCAUGAGUCUCAUAGCCCACUGGACACUCCUCGACUUCCCCAACAGCAGCAGGGGACUCACACCAGACGAGCAAAAGCUAGCCCAACACCGCCUAAUCGAAGACGGAAUCGCCAACGAAGAAACAACAGACCCAGCAGCCCAUCAAACCACCCCAAUCCUCCAAACCCUUCUCAAAGCCCUAUCCGACUGGCGAGCCUGGAUCCUUACACCGGCAUACAUGAGCAUCCUCGGCGCCCUAGCAAUCUCCUACUUCUACCCAACCCUCAUAGCCGGCAUGGGCUACACAUCCACAACAGCGCAAUACAUGACCGCACCACUGUACCUAGUCUCGCUCGUGAUCGCCAUCCCAGUAUGCUACCUCGCAGACCGGAACCCGAACCGCCGUGGCAUCUUCCUAGUGACUAACCUUCUUGUUGGAAUGAUAUUCUUCGCCCUAACGGCCGCCAUCGCAGAUUACACUGCACGCUAUGUCUUCCUCUGCUUUAUCAACGUGACCAUCUGGACGGGCAAUGCGCUUGCAUUGUCCUUUGCGACGACUGCGUUGGCGGCGGUCGAUCGAGAUGUUAGGGCGGUUAUGCUGGCUUGGAUGAAUGGUGUUGCGGCACUGGCGCAGUUGUACGGGAGUGCGCUGUUUCCGGCUGGAGAUUCGCCGGGGUAUGUGGUUGGGUUUUCGGUUUUUGCGGGGACUUUUGCGGUGGGCGCGGUGCUUUAUGGGGUUGCUGAUGUUUUGAUGAGGAGAUUUCCUUAUAAAGUGUAG